UUUGGGGGGUUGUCUUGCUCUUGCCUCUCCUUUGCACCUGUUGUCACUUUGAUUUGCACCAAAGCAGCUGAAACUGAUUCACAAUCACUUGUGCUUCCUACACGGACACAUUGAUAUCCCUGAUGUUUAACUGACUUGGUGUUAGACUGUGACCAUCAAGUAUUUUUUGAUCAGUGUAUGUUUAACAUCAUUGUUUCUCCAACACUAUUUGACAAGGCAGGGGUUGGAGCCCAGCUGCCACUAACGUCUGCUCAGCUUGUUUCUCUGAGGUGAAACCUGGUGUAUUGUUCUCGGGUGUCUUGCAUGACAUUCUUAAGAAAUUUAACACCUUUAGUUUCAACCCACCUCUCAUGCGGUUUAUCGUCUCGGUAUGACCUCAAUUGACAGAAAAGACGCAAAACCAGCAAACACACAGGUGAGGACAGUACAAAGCCCUCAGGUGCCAUCCCUAUCGCUUCCUCACUAUGGUGAUCCUGGAUCAGUUGUUUCGAGCCCUCACAGCUAUCACAGUUUGGGCCACUGUCUUCGCACCAACAUAUUUCCAGGAGCUCCUUUAACGUGGAAGUCUGUCUCCAGAGACUCGUACAUCCACCACCCUCUGACUGCAUGGCCUCCUGAUCACUGGUACGGCCACAAGACAGACGACAUGGUCCAGUGGACAGAGAGAAACAUCAUGAACCAGGAACUCGACAAGAUACUGAUAGAAGCGAGAGGAAAGAGCACUGCAAAAUGAUGUCCGGCCUCCCACCCUGAGACCACAACAGCACUCAGCACACUUGUGAUUCACACCUUGGCUUAGUUUUGAAACGAAAAUAAAAUGUGAUUUGCAACCGUGCAUGUUGUGAGCUUGUUGCUUAAGGGUUAUGUUAAAGAUGAAAUACCACUAAAAAGAUACUUGGUGAGACAAACGAUAUCUGUGAUAUCCCUUUGGUU